CUCUACCACGACGUUACGACCCUCCAUUCCGUUCCUUCACCUCGAUAUAUCGUCGCUCAUUGUACCGCUCCCUCCCUGCGUGAGACCUCACCAAACUUCCAUUUAAUCUUCGCCCUCAUUGCGCCGCUAUGACGAAGCGAAAGCGACAGUAUCCAACCCUCCAGCAGAAGCUCGACCGACCAUGGUGUUACUAUUGCGAACGCGACUUCGACGAUCUUAAGAUCUUAAUUUCGCAUCAAAAGGCUAAACAUUUCAAAUGCGACAAAUGUAAUCGGCGGCUGAAUACUGCUGGAGGUCUCUCCGUCCACAUGAAUCAAGUACACAAAGAAAACCUAACAAAAGUCGAAAACGCCAACCCCGACCGACAAUCCCUCGACAUAGAGAUCUUCGGCAUGGAAGGUAUUCCAGCCGAAGUUGUGGACCAGCACAAUCAGGAGGUCACAAGCAAGCAUUUCGCCGAGGAGCAAGAGCGGGCGCGUUUGACGGGAAAUCCGGUGCAUGAUGCUUUUGGUGCUGGAGGCCAGUUAGCAAAGAAGCAGAAGGUUGAGGAGACGAUUGAGGGUAUUAAGAAGAGGAUUGUAGAAUUUAAAGAGAAUAUCGCAAACGGAGGGAUGCAGAUGAAUGGAAGCGGUGGGCCGGUGCAGCCCAUUGGUUCGCAACCACCCCUCCCCCACCUCGGCCACUCCCAGCCCACUGCCAGUCUCCCAGCCAUCCCCGGCGGUCCCUCACCACCACCCGCAAACCCCUUCGCAGCACCCCAACAAGCGCCACAACAGCAACCACAACACCCCUUCCCACCAGCCGUCCCACAAGCCCUACCACCCCGCCCACCUGGCCAUCCCAACGCCGCUCUUGUCGCAUCCGUGGACGAACUCAUUUCGAGCGCUGCGAAGGACGCGAAAGACGUCAAAGAUGCGAAGGAAGGGAAGGCAGGCGGAAGCUCGAAGAAAGAGAAGAACAUCCGAUUGGUGUUUUCGGGGGAUACGGAGAGUCCUGAGGAGAGGAUGGUGAGGUUGGGCAGGUUUGAGUUUGCUGCUUGAGGGGGAUGGACGGAUGUGGUGGGCCGAGUAUAUUAGGGAAAUGUGAGAUUACAAGUAAUCAGGGUUAGGAAACAAAGUUUCCCUAAUCUUGUUAGGCCAUGAACUGAUGUAAUCGUUUGGGAGUUAGGAAUUGAAUCGGACGUGGGUGGAAAGAGGGAGGGACGAAUGGGUCGAAUAUUUCAAUGUAAACUUUGCAUCUUACAGCCCUGAUCAUGCAUGCAUGCUAUCUGCAUCAUCUGUGUCCUGCCCUAAGAC